AUGUGGAAUUGCGUGGAGGAUCGAGUGGGAAACGACAAAUACGGGGGAAGAGUGAUUCGAAGAAUCAUUUUCGACGACAUUUACGCCGAUCGAAUCGCAGUUUUGAGUCAAAAUCCAAUUUCCAGAGCAGCUUAUCCUCAUCUAAAGAGCGGCGACAAAGUGGUCUUCUACGACAACUGCGAAAUCAAAGAAGGGAGCUUUCUUCUCUCAUCCGAGCAGAAAUCCACUUAUCUCAACCCAAAAACAAUCAUCGGCGAAGUUUUAUCGACAGAAGAAGAGAUCAGAAACUUCUGCAAAUCGCAUGGAAUCGCCAAGAACGCACAAAGUUUACACACUCUGGUGAUCGAAGCUUAUUUAUUCCUGGAACGAAAAAUGAGCAGCGCGCGAGAAGCCCACUUCCCAGAUAAUACUGGUUCACGGAUGAGCAGCCCGAUGAGCCGAAAGCGUCCAGCGCCCGUGAUGAACGAACAGCUGGCGCAGGCGAAAGCUUCGCGGAUUCUCAAUGCGAUGGGCUUUCCCAAUCCGGCUUUGGCUGUCUCUCCUCUUUCAUCUGCUCCAAACUUGUCACCAAUCGCGCUCCAAGCGCAACAACUCGCUCUUCAGCAACAAAUUUCUUCAAAAAACAAAGAAGAAAACGAUGAAACUCAAACGAAAAAAGCUAAAAACGAAGCCGAAUCGAUCGAGCCCAAAUCCCCUGAAAAGCAAGCUGCAAGUGAAGACUCAAAUUCAAUGGACAUUCAGGCAAAUUCCCAAAUUGAAAAUAACACUGAAGCAGAAAUCUCAGAAAUUGAAAUAAAAACGGAACCAACUGGAGGAGAAAUCGCCGUCGUCGAACUCGAAGAAAAUAACGACGAUAAUCUUCCUCUCGAUCAACUUCCAGGGCCGAGCAAUACAAACAACGUCUUUCAAAAUCCCUCCGACUUCCAGCUUCCUAACAACCAAUUUGUAUUCGACAAGCAUGAAAUGUCGACCGAAGGAAAGCCCUCUUUGAAUGAUAUCGUGCUCAAUAAAGUGGUCCGACACGAUAAAGGAAACAAGUUUCCAAUUAUAACUUUUCACGUGAGCAUCAGCGGGAAAGAGUAUCAAUACCUAAUUCGCCGGGCGGGCAGGGGUUCCAUCCAUAUUCGAUGCAGGAAGGAAAGGGACUGUCGAGCGGGGCUCAGACUCUAUUGCCCAGCGCUGAUUUACCAAAACCCGGAUUCGGAAAAAUUCAAAAACGCCAAGUUUAAAUUCGAUCGAAACCACCCACUAGUCGAGGACUUGUCGGCCUAUCGAAUCGCCCAAGCCGCCCCUGAAAUGAUUCAGGAGCAUACUUGUCCUCUUGAAGUUCAUGAAACUUGGCAAAAAAAGCAACUCAAUAUUUUUCUUUCAGUAUCUCGGAAUGGAGUCUUCCCAAACGUCCCCGUAUCCGACCAAAACGAUCCUGCCUCGCAGCACUGGGCAUUGAUGCAAAUGAGCGGCUUAACCAUCCAAAACGGACUUCAACAACUGGCCAAUACGCAGAACAGUAGAACUCCACCUAGACAAUCUUCAAAGACCUACUCGACCAAGGUCGCGAAAAAUAGACCCGAUGGACCAACUACUUGGAGGCCUGUUGUGUACGACAAGAUGGAGCAAAAGCUCGCGGAAAUGCGCGAAGAGGGCAUGACCAUUGACGGCAUUGAAGCAGAAUAUACCCAAGCAGAUCUCCCCACGGGGUACAUUCGCUGCGUCGGCCCUUGUCGGAAUAAAAACGCGCCCAUGUUGUCCCACACCGGCACCGGCAACGAAGUCAAACUUAAAUUAUUCAACGUGCGCCGUCACGUGAUGCGCUAUCACAAUCCGAACUGGAGGCCGGGGGAGCGAGGGAAUACCGACAAUCCCCAAAAUUAUCAUUUGAGCAUCGCUACUGCUAAUACUGCCAAUCCAAAAGAAUACAUGCAAAUGCCAUAUUAUUAA